CAUGAGGCGGGCGGCGGGGCGGGGCGGGGACUGGGCGCGGUGGCCGGAGCCGGGGCCCCGCCGCUCCCGCCCCCCGCCCACGGGCCGCCGGCGGCUGUAGCCGCGCUGCCCCGCGCCGCAGCCGGGUGCGCCCCGCGCGGGGCUCAGGCUGCAGGUGCGGGGAGGCGGCGGGGGCGCACGGGUGCCCCGGGGCUCUUGCCAUCAGCCGUCCACCAAGCCCGCGCGGCGCCCACCAUCACCACCCCCCGCGGGCCGGGCCGGGCCGGGCCGCCGCACCCCGCUCCUCCCGGGCGCAGCACGAGGGGCGAGCGCGCGGCGCGUGUCCCCGCCCGGCGCUAGCCCGCGCCCGCGCCCGCACCGGCGGGGCUGCGGGGGAAGGAAGGAGCUCCCCAGGUGCGGGGCUGCGUCCGCCCUCCUGCUCCAUGGGAUUCCGGCCGCCCCGGCAGGACAGACAGCCCCGGGGUCUGAAGGGGCUCUAAUAUGAACUGUCUCCCUGGGAUCUGCCUUGCUGUUGCCCUGCUCCUGUGCGGGGCCACCCCGCCGGUCACCUCCUCAUGGUGGUACAUGGGGGCGGUGGGGUCGCCACGGGUCAUGUGCGACAAUGUGCCAGGCUUGGUGAGCCGCCAGCGGCAGCUGUGCCAGCGGCACCCCGAGGUGAUGCGUUCCAUUGGGCAGGGUGUGGCCGAGUGGACAGCAGAGUGCCAGCACCAGUUUCGCCAGCACCGCUGGAACUGCAACACGCUGGACCGGGACCACAGCCUCUUCGGGAGGGUCCUACUGCGCAGUAGUCGGGAGUCUGCCUUUGUCUAUGCCAUCUCCUCUGCUGGAGUUGUUUUUGCUAUCACAAGGGCAUGUAGUCAAGGAGAAUUAAAAUCAUGCUCCUGUGAUCCUAAGAAGAAAGGGUCUGCCAAGGACAACAGAGGCCAUUUUGAUUGGGGUGGUUGCAGUGAUAACAUUGACUAUGGCGUCAAAUUUGCCAGAGCAUUUGUAGAUGCCAAAGAAAGGAAAGGAAAAGAUGCCAGAGCAUUAAUGAACCUUCACAACAACAGAGCUGGAAGGAAGGCUGUGAAGAAGUUUUUGAAACAGGAGUGCAAGUGUCAUGGCGUGAGUGGAUCUUGUACUCUAAGAACUUGCUGGCUGGCCAUGGCAGACUUUAGGAAAACAGGAGAUUAUCUGUGGAAGAAAUACGAAGGAGCAAUUCAGGUGGUCAUGAAUCAAGACGGCACUGGGUUCACGGUGGCUAACAAGAGAUUUAAGAGGCCCACCAAGAAUGAUCUAGUAUACUUUGAGAGUUCUCCAGACUACUGCAUCAGAGAUAGGGAUAUAGGUUCCGUAGGGACAGCGGGUCGGGUUUGUAACCAAACCUCCCGAGGGAUGGACAGCUGUGAGGUGAUGUGCUGUGGAAGAGGGUAUGACACUACACGCAUCAGCAGGAUGACCAAAUGUGAGUGUAAAUUCCACUGGUGCUGUGCUGUGCGCUGCCAAGACUGCCUAGAAGUGGUAGAUGUACACACGUGCAAAGCACCGCAGAGUGCUGGAUGGAUUGCUCAAACAUGACUGUACAGGGCAAUGGGCACUCCAAGUGUAGGCACUGGACCUUUCUGUUCUUCACAGGGAACAUUUCCAAGACAUUUGAUAUGUUAAACACUUAUCACCUGUCUCUUCCAGCGCAGGGAAGUUGCUAAAUAAUUAUUAUAAGUUAUAUUGUAUUCGAUUUACAUUUCUAUGGUCGUCACUUUUUUGUCGCUUAAUUCUGUUGAUAAAAAAAUACAAUUCUGAAUGAAAGGCCUUAUAGCCACCCACAUAAUUAACCAACGAAACUCAUUGCCACAAGACAUGCUUGAGGGCAAGAGCAUGAGAAGACUUAAAAAGAAAAAAAAGAAAGGAUAAAAGACGAGAAACAUGCAUAAGAACAUCAAGAGCCAAAUGAGAGAGGACAGCAUCUCCUAUACGUUCAAAGCAUGAAGUGUGUCAUGGCCUGAUCCAAUUCCUGUGUAAAAGAAAAUCUUGAGUACUGUAAUUUUUUUUUAGAAGCAACAUUGUCCAUCCCUGCCCUCAAAUGGGAAUUCUUCUGUCUUGUGGAUAGCUUUGGGCUAGUUCUGUCUUCUACUGAUACUUCCACCAAAGACAACAUGCUGCAUAUUAAUUCCACAGCAGAAGUUAGGUCAUGAUGAAAACCACAGCAUAUUCCAUUAAACCAUUAUAUUAUCUGUUGCUUUAAAGAGUUCAGGUGAUUUUUUUAAGUUACAAUUUCAUUUAAUAGAAUUAGCUGCAUAAAUCUGCCUUAAAAGCUUUUUCUAAAAAUAAACUACUAGGUUGAACCACUGAUUUUUCCACUAAAAGUUGCAAUCGAAAGAGAUGAAGGGAAGACAUUUGUUUCUCAGGCCCCUGUCAACUGAUUUUUAUCUGAGUAGAUCUGUCAGAUUUAGAAAAUUGUUGUUCACCUGUCUUUGGAGAAAGGAUAUUGUGGUAUCCUGGGGAUAAGUGCUCAUAUAUUUUUCCCUGUUAUUGGAAAACUGUGAAAACAUUUGUAAAAAACUUUGAUGAGACAGAAUUAUUUUAUCUUGCUUCAACUAUAAUGCCUUUCAGAUAUUAUUGUAGGGAAUCUGUUUAAAACUUUGAUUAAAUAUUGUUAAAGAGAGACUCUCAGCUCAGAUGUGGGUGGGCCCUGAAGAAAAUUUUUUUUUUAAGCUAGGUUCUUUACAAGCUUACGACUGUAACAAGAGUCUUACACUAGUCCUUUGUGUGGGGUCUUUGGGUUAACUUUACUUGACCAGGCAUGGGCCUGGUUCAGCACAAAACAAUGCCAUUCUGAGAUAUGUAGUCCCACAGAGAACUCUAGGGUCUGUACAUAGUAGGAGGGUGUCCUAGACUGAGAGUGUAAGGAACAGCUUUCCUUCAGAACAGGAAACUAAGACCUGAACUGGGCCUUGCUGCCAAGAAGUUUAGGGAAUCACCCUAGAAAAAAUCCUGAAAAGCAGCAAGAAAUCCAGAGGGAGACAAGCUAAAUCAGUGGUUCUCAAUAUUUUCAGAAUCUGGGCACCCCUCCACAACUUUUCUGAAUGUGGCGGCAUUCCCAGUUGAGAGUCACCGCUGUGCUCAGCUUACCUCAGUGGUUCACAACCAAGUGCCACUGCUGGCAGGUAAAACCACUGUGUGUGCCUGCUGCACAGUCACACUGGGAAGGGCUACAGCUUAGUUGUGCACUAGGCCUGUGUGAAGUGGCAAGCAUUAGAUUCAGCUUCGGAUUCGGCUGAUUCAGAAGAACAGUGAUUGGAUUUGAUGAUUCAAAUCACUGUCCCAAUUACAUUCGGCCAAAUCAGAUCUGAAGAUUCAGCGCCGCUUCAGAGAUUUGGCCACAGACUAAACAGGCAGCAGUCCUCGACGCCGGACACAGCUGGCUCCAGCUGGUAAGUCUGUUGU